ACUCCCUUAACUCGGUCCUCUCUCUGAAAAAAACACAAAAACCCAACAGUCGAAAACCCAAGUAAGUCUAUUAUCCUCUCUUGUUAUGUUUCAUGUCUUUAGUUCUUGCCUUUUUUAUGUCACAAUCUUUGUCUAUGCAAAGGGGGUUUUGUCAGUUUAGAUUGUCUCUUUGAAUUUAGGAAGAUAGAAGGGAAAAGUUCAUAUUUUUGUGAGUUUGGGUAUAGAAAGAUUUAAGCUUUGGUGGUAAUUGAUUAUUGAGGUUUGUUGAAAUGGGCUCUAAUUUGGAGCCAAUUCCGAUAACAUCGCAAAAACAUGACCCGGCGUGGAAGCAUUGUCAAAUGUUUAAGAACGGAGAGAGGGUUCAGUUAAAAUGUGUGUAUUGUGGCAAGAUUUUUAAAGGAGGAGGGAUUCAUAGGAUUAAGGAACAUUUAGCUGGUCAAAAGGGUAAUGCUGCUACUUGUGUACAAGUCCCUUCGGAUGUUAGGCUUAUGAUGCAACAAAGUUUAGAUGGGGUUGUAGUUAAGAAGCGGAAGAAGCAAAAAAUUGCAGAGGAGAUAACGAAUUUGAAUCCAGUUUCUAGUGAGAUAGGGGUUUUUGAUAAGGAUGUUAAUACUGGAAUGGAGUUAACUGGGGUUACGGAUGCUAUUGACCCUGUUUCAAGUUUGUUAGUUAGUGGAGAAGAUGGAAUGGGAAAAAAAGGCGGGGAGAGGAGGAAGAGGGGAAGGGGUAGAGGCAGAGGUUCUGUUACAAAUGCUAAAGCUGUUGUUACCAUGGGUAGUGGUAUGCCGUUAUCAGGGGGUAAAAGGAAAAACGAUCACAUUCAUAUGGCAAUAGGGAGGUUUUUGUAUGAUAUCGGGGCAUCUUUGGAUGCUGUGAACUCGGCUUAUUUUCAGCUAAUGGUUCAAGCAAUUGCCUCAGGAGGAUCAGAGGUUGUAGUGCCUUCAUACCACGAUCUUCGAGGUUGGGUACUGAAGAAUUCAGUUGAAGAAGUAAAGAAUGAUGUUGAUAAGCACAUAGCAACUUGGGAAAGGACUGGUUGUUCUGUUUUGGUUGAUCAGUGGAACACAGUAAUGGGUAGAACUCUGAUAAAUUUUUUGGUUUAUUGUCCUGAAGGAGUGGUGUUUUUGAAAUCCGUGGAUGCAUCUGAUAUUAUUAAUUUACCAGAUGCUCUUUAUGAAUUGCUUAAGCAAGUAGUUGAAGAAAUUGGAGCAAGACAUGUUUUACAAGUCAUUACUCGAAUGGAAGAGCAAUUAAUCUGUGCAGGGAGAAGGUUAGCUGAUACUUUCCCUAACCUUUAUUGGGCUCCUUGUGCAGCACAUUGUCUAGAUUUGAUACUUGAGGAUUUUGCAAAACUUGAGUGGAUAAAUUCAGUAAUUGAACAGGCUAGGUCUAUUACAAGAUUUGUAUACAAUCAUAGUGUGGUUUUGAAUAUGAUGAAAAGGUAUACUUUUGGAAAUGAUAUUGUAGAACCAGGAAUUAGUCGCUUUGCCACAAACUUUGGAACAUUGAAACGAAUGGUUGAUCUUAAACAUAACCUGCAGACCAUGGUUACUUCACAGGAGUGGGUGGACUGCCCAUAUUCAAAGAAACCUGGGGGGCUGGAAAUGUUAGAUUUGGUAAGUGAUCAGUCAUUUUGGUCAUCAUGCGUCCUAAUAACCCAUUUAACUAAUCCUCUCUUGCAAGUUUUGAGACUAGUUGGCAGCAAGAAGAGGCCUGCUAUGGGAUAUAUUUAUGCAGGAAUGUAUCGAGCUAAAGAAGCAAUUAAGAAAGAACUUAUAAAGAGGGACGAGUAUACUGUCUACUGGAAUAUUAUAGACCAUUGGUGGGAACAACAAUGGAAUCUCCCUCUUCAUGCUGCAGGUUUCUACCUUAAUCCCAAGUUCUUUUAUAGUUUUGAAGGAGAUAUGCCCAAUGAGAUUCAGUCUGGGAUGUACGACUGCAUAGAAAAGUUUGUUCCUGACUUAAAUGUGCAAGAUAAAAUCAUCAAAGAGGUAAACUCUUACAAGAAUGCUGGUGGUGAUUUUGGGAGGAAGAUGGCUGUUAGAGCUAGAGACACUAUGCUUCCUGCUGAAUGGUGGUCAACAUAUGGAGGAAGUUGCCCAAACUUGGUGCGUUUGGCCUUCCGUAUUCUCGGUCAAACCUGCAGUUCAAUUGAGUAUAAGCGAAGCCAGAUUCCUUUUGAACAAUUGCAUGAUACAAAAAAUUGCCUGGAGCGUCAACGACUCAGUGAUCUAGUUUUUGUUCAGUGCAACUUGCGACUCAGACAAAUGGUCGAUGAGAAUGAGGAACAGGAUCCUAUAUCAUUUGAUAGCAAUAAUACAUUGAAGGACUGGGUCAAGGGAAAAGACUUGUGCUCGGAAGACUUUGAUACAUUGAAUUGGAUGGCAGUUGAUCCACCUUCUGACAAUGCAAGGCUCCUGGGAACUUCACCCAGUGAAAUCGAAGACUUAGGUGCAGGGUUCGAUGAUUAUGAGAUUUUUAAUAGAGUAAAAGAGGGCGAGGAGGAAAAUGUUGAAUCAAUGUAGCUGGUCAACAGAAAAGCAUCCAAGGUACACUGGUCUCACCUGGAGUAUUUAGGACAAUCACCGAGUUGCCUAUACUAGAGAGAUAUUGUGAUCAUCUAACUUGACUCUGUGAUUGAAGUUGACACAAUUACCAAUGGAUCAGGACUUCCAUGUGUGUAAAACUAAUCACCAGGAAGACUGGUCAUGACCAGGGUGAAAGCGAGAAAAAGAUACGAUUGCCUAUGGUUCUAUUAGUAAAUGCAGCCGGGUAGUUUUUAUGUCAGAGAAAAACGCAUUUCAGUAGAUAGAUGGAUGGAUGUGGUUUUAUACAUAAGCAUGCUCUUGUACAUUUAAUCUCUUCAAAUAACUUUCAUGUCUUUCUAGUGCUAAUUUUUACUCUGCCAAGUAAAGUCACUUGGCAUUGUAACCAAUUGACCAGGGAUCAAAUCCUACUUACACAGUUACACUUGGGAUUGAACAGGAAAAGGGAGGUUGCCUCCUUUUAUGGAACCAAAGGUUCAAUUAGUCUUCUGAUGAACAAAUAAACAAAAAACUUUUCUUCUGCAAAGGUAGGUAUUCAGUUGUGAAUAAUUUGUCUUUUUCUGCCAAGCAUUUCUAUUUUGGUCAAUGAGUUAUACCAUAUGAUGGGGAUCAUUAUAGCCCUGAUUCAUGGUAUUGGUUGAUAAUGGACUUUUGUCUUCCAGAUGGAUUAGAGUAAACGAAAUGGAGAAGAGAAAAAAAGUGUAUGAUAAAAGCACAAGUUAUUUAUUCAAUAUUUUCUGAGUCUUAUGUUUUAAAUUGUAUUUUACAUGUUCUGAUUCUUAGUCAUGUUUGAGAUUUGAUUUUAGUUGAGGUUCAGAUUGUAUAACAAAUUAAGAUGUGCUGAAUAUUUGGAGAGUAAGUGGGAACAUUUUUUGUUAUUGUUAAUACUUCUUUCUUGCGCGCAGUUGUAACCUUUGCAUUAUCAUUUACAAAUCCAUUACAACUAAUAUUUGCAACCAUUGGAACAUAAAAGAGGCCAGCUGAAACAGAGAAUCCCUAAACUAUUGAAGAACUGGAGAGGGAUUGAGGCGGAACUUCCAAGAUUAAGGUAAAACUCUUAUUUUGCUACAACGUCCAGCCUCAAUUGUCUUCAACAUUUAAAGUUACAAGAUUUGUUCGAAGAAACAACAUUAGUGCUAGAUGAUUUAUUUUUUAUUUUCAUUCCAUAAGUGAUGAAGGGUUUUGACCAGGGUUUUGGUAUUUAUCAACCUUCGUUAUUAUGGAAUUAAACCAACUCUGGUUUUAGGAAGGUUUGGAGGAAGAGUAGGAAGAAUGUGUGAAAACUACGAGGGUUUCUUUUGUGCUCCUUCGGAGGCUUGACAUUUUUGUUCAAAUGUGAUACAUCUCAAGAUAUAGACUUCUCUGAUUCACUCAGAGUAAAUGUGAUUCUGUGUAAAUAGUGGAUCUGUGCGAUGUCAUGUUGAAGAAUUUGAUGGAUGAUUGGCUUGUUUUAUGCUAAUUUUACACGUGCAGUUGAAGUAACUUCAACAGUCAAACUUCAACGCAGGGAAAAGACUCCACUAGAAUUGCUCCUUUUCUUCCUCUCUCUUUUUCGCUACACUUUGUUCAACCUAUUUGCUGUCAAACUUCAACAUUUGACCUUGCUCCAGGAGAGCUUGAAUAGGAGCUCGCAAGCUUCAACUUUCUUGGGUAAAUAAGCCGUGUGUCUAUGUCGCCAGCAUCUUUGACCGGUAAAAAAGCUUCAACAAUGCCUCAUUUACUUGCGAAUUGCACAGAGUAACAGAAACAAGACGAACUUUUAAUCAACAGCUAUUGAAGGUGACUUCUAUCCUUUCCUUGUUUAUUUGUCUUUCUAGUUUUGUAUCGGUUGCUAUUACAGUGUUUUUAGGGUAACUUUGGCUUAGCGAUUUGCUUUUGUGGUUGCAAUGUGAUUAAUUUAUACAUCUGAGAUAGUGCAUUAACGCAUACACUGUGUCCCGUAUUGUAGAAAAAGGGUGAAUCCUAAGCUUAUCUACCCUCUACAAUUUCUCGUGUGUUUGUGCUGUAGAACUCAUGUGAAGUCAAAGAACAAUGUCGUGUAAACUCGAUUCAUCUGUAUGGAAGCAACAUGCUGCGUGCCAUUCACUAUCUUGCAAAAUCACGCUUCAUUCAAUGUUCAGUACACUCAAUCAAAAAACCUUUGACAUUGUAGGAUGGUAAAGUCAUUCACUCAAGUUGCCACGUCCUUUUUAGGAGCACAUCCUUAUCCCACUAUAAAAUGUCCUGUAACCAGUUGAUAGUUGAAGGAACUUUUUGCAUAUAAUAGUGAGAUUUUGCAAUAUACUUAAGAAUAAA